AUGUACCCAUCCGCCCAUCAUGCUCAGAUGCCGCCGCCUCAGGCACGAUCUGUCGCGCCCGAGACGUUCUUACUAGAUCAAGACGCUCAGCAGAGCCUACCGCCCGACAGCGUCGUUGCUCUGCAACAAGUCGACAACCUCAAGUACUUUCUCAUUUCCGCACCAGUCGACUGGCAACCAGACCAGUACAUUCGCAGAUUUCUGCUCCCCACAGGCGAAUACGUCUCAUGCGUUCUAUGGAACAACCUUUUCCACAUCUCCGGUACCGACAUUGUACGAUGCCUAUCGUUCAGAUUCCAGGCCUUUGGCCGCCCAGUCAAGAACUCCAAGAAGUUCGAGGAGGGCAUCUUCUCAGAUCUCCGCAACCUCAAGUCAGGCACAGACGCCUCAUUGGAGGAGCCCAAGAGCGCUUUCCUCGACUUUCUCUACAAGAACAACUGCAUCCGCACACAAAAGAAGCAAAAGGUCUUCUACUGGUACAGCGUACCCCACGACAGGCUCUUUCUCGAUGCCCUCGAGCGUGACCUCAAGCGCGAAAAGAUGGGCCAGGAGGCCACUACCAUGGCUGUUAGCGAGCCCGCUCUUUCCUUCGAAUUCGAUUCAUCACAAUCGCUCUUCGAACAGCUUACCAAGGCGCAACAAACAAACUCUUCGUCCUUCAACAACAACGUCCAGCCUUCAUAUCAGAGCACAUCUCCCGACAUGCGCGGAAUGGACUCUAUGCCCCCACCAAACAUGGUUCCCGUGCAGCAGCAGAUGCCCCAGAUGCAACAGCAAAUGCACCACGAGGACCCAAUGGCUCAAUACCACCAGCAAAUGUCCAUGCCGCCUUCCAUGCAGAACACGGUCGUGAAGAGCCGCGAACAACGCGAGAUGAGCCAAUCCUUCCAGUACGACCGCAACGGCAUCCCACUGUCGCAGGUCCACCAGCGACACAGCUCCAUGCCCGCUUACAUGGAGUACUCGCCUGCGCCUUCCUUCGUCUCGUCUCACUACGAGGACUACAGCACGCGCGGCAUGUCUUUCGAGCCAUUGACCCCUCCUCAACACCAGAUUGGUCUCGGUGCUGAGCCGGCGUACAUUGCGAACGAGGACACUGGUCUCUACAGUGCCAUUCCCGACCUUCCAGUUCCCAACACAUUCAACCCCUUGAUGAACAUGCCACCGUCAAACCUCAUGGGGCCCGGUUACCCUGGUGUCUCACGGCCAUUUGCUCCCGGCAACGUUUACUCUGUCAUUGAGGGUUCGCCCACCUACAAGCAGCGAAGGAGGCGCUCUUCUCUCUCUGCGGGUAUCGCUGCUGCCGUCACUGCUUCGGGUGCCGGUGCUCAUCAGGUUCACCGCCCAAGUGACCUGAGGCGGUCAAUGUCAAGCUCUGUUGUUCCUCUUGCCGAGGUCGACGAGUCGAACCACAACUCUCCCAACAGCACCAACGGGGCCAACUACGGUCAUCAAAUGCCAGAGUCGAAGCCCAUCAUGGACAUGUCGCGCCAAGGCACCCCACUCAACACUGUGGAGGAGAGCCCAGAGCCACAACCGGCCUCGCUGCAUCACGAUGACCUCAAUACUCUCGUCAACGGUGAGCUGUUUGAGAGUCCUCUCCAACACAGCGCUGUUGCGCGCACCGCUGGUGCUGGUGGACCCGUCUUCCGACGCGCCCGCAGUGCUACCAUGAUGGAGAUUGGCCCCUAUCCCCAGAAGUCACACUCUUGCCCUAUUCCCACAUGUGGUCGUCUGUUCAAGAGAUUAGAACACCUCAAGAGACACGUGCGUACCCACACCCAAGAACGUCCAUACGUUUGCCCGCUGUGUAACAAGGCCUUCUCCCGCUCAGACAACCUUGCCCAACAUCGUCGCACACACGAACCCCGUGCCGACGGCGAGCCGCUCAGCGACUACCAAGAGGACGAUCUUGAGGGCGAGGAGGAUCACAUCCACUCGCUCGAUGAGGACCUCUCGCCUGAAUCUGGCAACGAGUACCUCUCUGGCUUGUCGCACUCCAUCAAUGACAUCCCAGGGCCUGGACUCGGUAUGACUAUGGCGCCACCCCAGCACAGCUUGAUGGCCGGUAGCCACUACUGAGCACAUUGGGCCACCGCCACCAACAAAAGUAUCACGACGUUACACACGUGAAAUGAGCAUCUCGGCGUAGGACGGCGCAGCCAUCUAGAAGGGUAUCUGCGUAUUGUUGUUUCUUGUUCAUCUAUAUCUUCUUACCUCUCGCCUAAUCUCCUAGACCGAAGUGUGCCUUCACUGUGGCAUACUAUACGAUGUCUGCGCUGCAUUUCACUGCAUGCUUUUCCCUCUUCUUUUCUUUUCUUUUCUCUGGACCUCGGAGCUAAGGGAUGGUGAUACCACCGGAUAUUGGCUUGGGGCUGGUGACGACAUACGAACAUGAGUACCCUUUCUUUUCUGUCUCAUCGGUUCCGUUCUUCAUUAUUUCUUCUUUUUCUCCAUUUUUGCUGCCUCUUUCCGCCGUUUAGCUCAGCGCUGUUGCUAUCUUCUGUUGUUGGAUAUCUCCUCUUUGUCGGCAGCAUAGCUUGCAAAAAGUUGUUGGAUUGAUACUGGCUGAGCGUACACGCGCGCGUCUUGUUGUUGACUUAGGACUAGUCCGCCAAAGGCGUGGCGGCGGAUUUAGCUGUGGACAUGCAGGUAGUUUUGGUGUUGUUGACGCCUCUCCUUCUGAGGUGUGUAUAUAAUAUCUAACCAUCAAUGCAAAUGCAUCAUUGCACAU